AUGAACGACAGCAUCAAUAGUGUUCAAUCGGCGUUACAAUGUAUUACGACUCAGUCUGAUCGCGAAACGAAGAAACAAGCGCUGCAUUUUUUGGAAGAGUACCAAAAGUCAUCGGAGGCAUGGUCGAUCUGUCAUCAUAUUCUUGCAUCACAGGAAACUCAGUACGGUGCAGAACUCCAGGUGUUUGCAGCACAAACUCUGCGAAAUAAGGUAACCUAUGAUUUGGCUCAGUUAGGAGGCCAGUUGGUUGAUUUCAAAAGUUCACUUUUGGAGCUCAUCACGAAACACUCGCAAAAAAUUAUUGUUACACAAUUGUGUGUGGCAUUGGCACGACUUGCUAUUCAGUUCCUGGAGUGGAAAGCUCCCAUCUCGGAAAUCAUCAAAAAUUUAAGCCAAAACCCCGAUAGACUGCUAGAGUUUCUGAAAAUUCUGCCAGAGGAAACGCUGGAUAUCAGAUCGACCCCGCUGAGUGAGGAAGACUUUCAGUCUAGGACACAUGAACUCAUAGAUCACAUAGCAACCGAUGUUAUGACAUAUCUGGUUGGUCUAAUAGAGUCUCUGGGAACCCCUGCGUCCGUCGUAACUGUGCCUCAGUUACUCAACUGCAUCAACUCCUGGGCUUACGAGUUUCCUAUCGACAAGUUGAUUAGAAUUAACAGUCUUAUGGCUCUCAUAUUUCAAGUACUGAACCAGGGUCAGGACGCAGAUCCAGAAUCAUUUGAUGUUGCCGUUGAAUGUCUCUGCACCAUACUAAAAGAAACUCGAGAAGUUGCAGACGAAACUAUCACCACUGCUUUGUAUGAACAGCUCAUGGCAUUGCAGUCACGCAUUUUUCCCAUAGGCAGCAUAGAUGACUUUGAAGAUCAUAUUGAGACCAUGGACGGACUUACCAGGAUUUUCGUUGAAGCUGGAGAAGCUUGGUGCGUCUUCAUCGCCAAGUCGCAAGCAGUUUUCAAACCCUUGGUAUCCGUACUGUUAAUUCUUACAUGCAAGAACACAGAUCUCGACGUUGUAAAAUACACUUUCCCAUUUUGGUUUAACCUCAAACAAAUGCUUGUUCUGCCGCGCUUCAGCGAGCAACGCUCACAGUAUGAGAAUAUUUACGGUGAGUUGAUUGAUGGUAUAAUAGCUCAUCUGCAUUAUCCUCGGGAUGGGUUUUCCAACAAAGAAGAGCAGGACAAAUUCAAAGAAUUCCGAUACGAUAUGGGAGGAGUGUUGAAAGAUUGUACUGCAGUUGUUGGAUCCUCUAAAGCCCUAAGCCGCCCCUAUGACAAAAUCAUGCUAGCAUUGAAUCAACCUGAGCCAUUGUUACGCUGGGAGGAUAUAGAAGCACCACUCUUUUCCCUGAGAACGAUGGCUCAUGAAGUCUCAAAAAGUGAAUCUGUCAUGUUGCCCCAAUUGAUUCCAAUCCUUUGCAAAAUACCAGAACAUCCAAAGAUAAGGUAUGCCUCAACGCUGGUGUUGGGGAGAUACACUGAGUGGACUGCAAAACACUCCGAAUUUCUUGAAAUGGAACUAAAUUACAUUUUUGAUGGUUUUCAACACGCCAACGGUAAUGUUGACAUUCUCACAGCGUCCUCGCAUGCCUUGAUGUAUUUUUGUCAAGAUUGCAGCUCAUUGCUGAGUGACUACGUCGAACAAUUGAUCGAUUUCUUCUGGAAAAUCGAGCCAAUGGUCGAAACCGAGUCUUUGUUUGAAGUUGGUCAAGGUUUGAGCUGUGUGAUAGACCGACAAUCAAAUGAGCGUAUAGGCCCUACCCUUGAGCUCUUUCUCUCGCCUCUUUUACAGAAACUAAACACUGAGGUUGUGCAGUGGAAACGGAAUCCUGCUAACAGCACUACGACAACCGCUGUUUGUGAGAGCACUGAUUUGAUUUUUGCUGUGUUCGAAGAACUCAAACCUCGCUUUGAAAGGCCUGAACUGGGUCACGACCCAAUUGAGCCCUGCAUAAACACCAUUUGGGAUACUCUUCGGGCACUUCUUGCUGAUGAAGGGGCAAUGAGCAAUCAUGAGAUAGCAGAAAUUGCCAUGAAGUGGGUGCGGAAGGUCUUCUUGAACUUCCACGUUUUUGCCACACCCAUCCUACCCUCGACAGCUAAUUUCCUUGCGGAGGCCUAUGCUUCGACAGGGUUGGGAAUAUACUUAUGGUGCUCUGGUUCUAUUAUAGCUGUAUUCGGUGAUGACGAGUCAUUUCCGAUCGAUGCUCAAACAAAAGAAGCUGUGUGGCAAUUUUCAUGCACUCAGUGUCUGACAUUUAUGAACACGUUUAACACAGCAAGCCCGGAGACUCUUGAACAGUACCAGGAAUCCGUUCAGGACUUCUUUAUGAUGUUAACUGAUAUCGUCAUGUUCUUUCCUGAGCAUUACCUUCAAGCCACCGCGCUGCUAGGACCUUCAUUUUCGAUGGGUCUGACAUGCGUCACGAAGAUGCAAAACUAUGAUGCGUACAUUACCGUGAUACGCUUUUUUGAUGAUGUUUUAUCUUGGGGGUUUGAAACUCCACCAAUCUCUACCGCGGCACUCGAUAUUGUACCUGAAGCAUGGAGAGAGAAGGUAUUACGCGAAAUUGUAGACGCACAAGGAGCUACAUUGAUUCAGGCAAUUAUGUUAGGCCUCGUCACCAACUUUAAUAGUGACUCUCACCCCGACGCAAUUGGCUGUAUAGUAAGAGCCCUAAGAUUAUGCCUACAAUGUUCUGGCGGAGACCCUACCGUAGCUUUGGGCUGGCUGAGUGGGGCAAUGGAUGUUAUUGGAAAAGUCACCGAUCAAGAGAGGUCAAAUCUAUUAACCACUGUCGGAAACGCUUUACCGCAAAGAGACAUGAGGAGAGUAAGGAAUGGUUUAAAGGAUUUCAUAACUUGGUACUUGAGGAAGAAUGUAUCACCGAGGACACAAAAGUAA